GUGUGAAGCUCUCCCUGUUGCAGUCAGCAUGACUCCACCGGGAGUCCCGCUCCCCACCCUGAUGUCCCCUGGGGGCUCCCCAGUUCCAGUCUGAUUCUCAUCCCUGGUCUGGCUUCUUCCCACUGCCCUCCACCCUCUCAGCACUUGUUUUCACCUCUUAGCCUUUGGUCAUGGAGUAAUGGACCUUUCUUGAGAUUCAACCAUGUGCUGGUUGCUUCGUAAGCUCUAAUGGACAUUAUUAUAUCUCAUCCUCAGCAGUGUUCUGAAAUCUGCUCUGGAUUAGUGUGCCCAUUUUGCAGAUGAGGAAACGGAGGCUCAAUGAGGUCGAGUGGCUCUGAUUGGAUGGGAGAGGGAACCAAGCGCCCACCACCAGGGACUCCCGGAGACCCCUCUCGCCUCUCCUGUCCCACAGUAUCCGCACACCGAGCCUCCCACGCCCACGCCGAGGACCGCCUCUUCAAGCACCUCUUUAGGGGCUACAACCGCUGGGCAAGGCCGGUGCCCAACACCUCAGACGUGGUGAUCGUGCGCUUCGGGCUGUCCAUCGCCCAGCUCAUCGAUGUGGAUGAGAAGAAUCAAAUGAUGACCACCAACGUCUGGCUAAAGCAGGAGUGGAGCGACUACAAGCUACGUUGGAACCCGGCCGAUUUCGACAACAUCACAUCCCUCCGGGUCCCUUCGGAGAUGAUCUGGAUCCCCGACAUUGUCCUCUACAACAAUGCAGAUGGGGAGUUCGCCGUGACCCACAUGACCAAGGCCCACCUCUUCUCCUCCGGCACCGUGCACUGGGUGCCGCCCGCCAUCUACAAGAGCUCCUGCAGCAUCGACGUCACCUUCUUCCCCUUCGACCAGCAGAACUGCAAGAUGAAGUUCGGCUCCUGGACCUACGACAAGGCCAAGAUCGACCUGGUGCAGAUGGAGCAGACCGUGGACCUGAAGGACUACUGGGAGAGCGGCGAGUGGGCCAUCGUCAACGCCACGGGCACCUACAACUCCAAGAAGUACGACUGCUGCGCGGAGAUCUACCCCGACGUCACCUACGCCUUCGUCAUCCGCCGCCUGCCGCUCUUCUACACCAUCAACCUCAUCAUCCCCUGCCUGCUCAUCUCCUGCCUCACGGUGCUCGUCUUCUACCUGCCCUCCGACUGCGGCGAGAAGAUCACGCUCUGCAUCUCCGUGCUGCUCUCGCUCACCGUCUUCCUGCUGCUCAUCACCGAGAUCAUCCCGUCCACCUCGCUGGUCAUCCCGCUCAUCGGCGAGUACCUGCUCUUCACCAUGAUCUUCGUCACCCUCUCCAUCGUCAUUACAGUCUUUGUGCUCAACGUCCACCACCGCUCUCCCAGCACCCACAAUAUGCCGCACUGGGUGCGGGUGGCCUUUCUGGGCUGCGUGCCUCGGUGGCUUCUGAUGAGCCGCCCGCUGCCCCCGCUGGAGCUCCCUGACUCUCCAGCUCGGAAGCUCUGCCCCUCGUACCACUGGCUGGAGACCGAUGUGGACGCGGAGGAGGAGAAGGUGGAGGAGGAGAGAGAGGAGGAGGAGGAGGAGGAGGACAGAUGGGCGUGUCCCAGUCGUUCGUCCCCCUCCGUGGGCGUCCCCUACAAUCCCGGAGGUCUACCCCCGGGGUCCUCAGGUGCCAAGGCCCAGGCCCAGUUGCCGGUGGGUGGGCUCCUGCUGUCACCACGCAUGCAGAAGGCCCUGGAGGGCGUGCACUAUAUUGCGGACCACCUGCGAUCUGAGGAUGCUGACUCUUCAGUGAAGGAAGACUGGAGGUACGUGGCCAUGGUCAUCGACAGGAUAUUCCUCUGGCUCUUUAUCCUCGUCUGCUUCCUGGGGACCAUUGGACUCUUUCUUCCUCCGUUCCUGGCUGGAAUGAUCUGAUGUCACAUCAUGGCCCCGAGGUGGCAUGGCUGACCGUCUUUAACUGCUGCCACCGCUGGAGUGCACCUUUGCACUGCAGGUGCCUCUCCCAGAGUCCCGCCGUCGAAGGCGUCUUGGAAUGAGUCACUGACAUAAUCUGUGGGACACAGAGCCCAGCUCAGAUGCUGAGGAGCUGGGCAAGAAGGAACUUGCUCCACAGAAGCUGCCGACACAAUGGUGACAAUAUGAAGCCACAACGAUGCUCCUGGGACGCAGAUGCUGAGGGAGGGGAGGGCCAAACUGGGGGACCCAGGAGGUGGGGAGGGGCAUGUGAAGGGGCUCUGACAAAGGAGGGGUGUGUGGGGAGAGGGAAGAGGGUGCUUCUGGGGUAAAAGGGCUGUGAACACCCUUUUGGAUUCAGGAAUGAGCCAGAAGUGUCAGGCAGAGCAGCCAGGCCGAGGUGGGCUUGAGUGUGGGGAGCAGAGGGAGGAGGUUGGAAGGCAGGCUGGGUUGUCCUUGAACCAGGUGAGGAAGGAAGCUCAGAGUCUGAGCCUGCAGGUGACACAGGAGAGUGGCAAAGCCUCCUGGGGCAGGGAGGGGAGAAGAAGGGGGAGCAAAUGCCACUGGUGGGGGGCAAAUGCAGGUGGUUGGGCCAUGCUCCCCCCCACUUGGAAGCUCUUGUGAGGGCCCAGACUUCCUCUCACCUUUAGCCCCCCAGCCCUUCCCCAUUGCAAAGUGGCUCAACAUUGUUUAUUGGCCAUUGACCAGGGCGCCAUCUGUCCUUAAAUGCACGUGGACAAACUGGAAAGAUGUCUCCAGCCAUUCUUGACCCAACUCAGGUUCGCAGCCUGCUCACUUCCUCCCCCUAAGGCACCCAGGCCUUUUCUUCUGAGGGACUGAGAGGGAAGAGCUGGAUUGCUCUGGACCCGAGAUGCUGUGCAGACGCAGAUGCUCCCGGACCCUUCCCUUCCCAGUCUGCCCUCCCUUCCUCCCCGAAGGCCUGACGUCUCCUGACCGGCCCUGUGAGCCUGCUCUGCAGUGUGGAAUCCACAGUCCCUGGCCCUCAGCCACACCCCAGCCCCGUCCAGCCCAGGUCAGAACCUCAGCAGCAGACAGGUGUGUGGGGACCCGGCACAGGCAGCCAGGCAGGGCAAGCAUCUCCUUCCCCAUCGGCUGUUGGAGUUCCCUCCUUCCAAACUGCCACUUGCUUUCCCAGGGGACAGACCCAGGCUCACCACAUCAGGCCCAGUCCUCCAUCCUCGGUUCUCUCCAAGGCCCCCCAUCCCAGGCCAUGCUGGUUUACGGCUCUCCCUGCUCUGUGGAUGAGCCCCUCUUUCCUACCCCUCGGGUUUCUCGGACUUGAACUCCUGGUGCAGGGCUGUCUGCUCCUGUUAUCACAUCUCCCAUCCAGCUUGCAAGUGAGUAAAGAGAUCAAAUAAAGCCAAAGCCCCUGCCCCCUCAGCUCUGGGACACCCACCUCCAGGACCACCCAAGCCCCCUGGAGCCCCAGUUAUUUGGAUGGCAGCUGGAAGGGUGCCAUUGGCAUUGCUAUGUGGCCUUGGAGGGGCCAACCUGGGUUCCCACUGAACAGUCACCCUUGGGUCAGGUGUGGGGGCAGAAGGCUGGAGCACGCACCUGACCCCAGCGCCUGGCAUCACCGUGUGUCCCGGGAUGGAGCCCUGGCGUUGGCCUUUGAUCCUCACCCAAGGUAACAAUCGAUUCCUUCUGGGGCCGAGGCCAGAGGUCAACGUCACCUCCCCAAAGGUCAAACAAACAAGAGCAUCAAACCACAAAGCAAAUGGUACAAUUUUAAUUCAUUCCCAAGUCAAAUAGAAAGAAGGUAAAAGAGUGUUCUGCACAAACACAAGAGAGGGAGGGAGGGAGUGGAUGAGAACGGGGGAGAGAAAAGGAGGAGUAAGAAAAGAGAAGGAAGGGGCAGAGGGGGAAGGAAAAGGGACACGGACCCCAUCCAAGUCCUCUUUGGGCCUCAUCUCUCCCCUUCUCCGGCCCGGCUGUGGGCACCAUAGCCUCCUGAGCGCCAGCUCCCAGUGGCUUGUUCCUGGACUGUCCCAGGUCCCCCUUCGUAGGCACACGGCUGUCAGUCCAGACCAAACUCACAUUAAAUAAAUUCCAAUAUACACUGUACAAGAAAGCCAGGUCCAUCCCUCGUCACACCUCCCCAAAGAAAGCCCCUCCAGGCCCUCCCUCAGUGACGGGGUGUGAGGGGACCUCCGUGGGCAGAAGAGGAAGGAGAGGAG